AUGGCUCCUGUUGAUCCAACUGUUUUACUUAAUACAAUCGUCUAUUUAUUAGAUAAUAAUGGUGGACUAAAAAAUGAUCGAGGUGUUCGACAAUUUAUAACACUUAUGAAAUUAACUGAAAAACUAGUGAAUAAAGCAAUAUAUUUACAAAUUCUUAAUCAUACAAAAUCUGAAGAUAUAUUAAUAACGUUUUUAAAAUGUGAUGGUCUUCGAAUUUUAAUCAAAUGGCUUUCACAUUUUAGUAUUGAACAUAAUCAUGCAUUUCUACUCGAUACAUUAAAUAUCAUAGGCAAUAUGCCAUUCAAUAUUGAUAAUGUUUCACAGAAUGAUAUCGACGAGCUACAGCUCAAAAUAGCCGAACUUACAUCGGCUGAGUCAGGGAAAGAAAAGGAUAUUCGUGAAAGUGCUCGUCAUUUAUACGAUAUUUGUUCGACAAAAGGAGUAUUUAAAACAAUAGAAACUCAUACUCCUCAUCUUGAUAUUGACAAAUCUAUUUCUUCUCAACCUUCGUCGAUUUCUCGAUCAUCGAUUUCCAUCGAUAAACCUCCAUUGACAUCUCAACGAUUGAAUAAAACCGAACGAACAUUGCUUUCAUCAAAUAAUAAUACAUUCCCUUUCAAUGAUAGGAAAAUGGCAACAACCGCAACAUUGACUGCCGUGUCAGCAACAAAUAGUAAUAGUAAUAAUACGGAUAAUAACAAACGAAAAACUGAAGAGAAUCUAGGACCUACAACAAAUAAAAAACCGACACAUCGUCGUGUUAUAACACAAACACAAAUAGAUACAAAAAAAAUGAAAUCAUCAAUUGAUAUAGAUGAAAGUGAUGGUUUAAAUAAAACUAAUUUAUUAAAUCGAACUACACCAACAUUUCGUAUACCUAAGAUAGGAAGGCCAAAUUCGAAUGUACCAUCACCACCAUCAGAAAUAAAUGAAAGUACACCAUCUCCUACAUCUACAAAUUCACAAACAAAAAUGAAUAUAUCAAUAAAUCGACAAUCGAGUGAUGAACUUAAUUCACAACAAGGAAAAAGAAAAUUUUCUUUAAAUACAAUUAUAAAAAGUAAUUUAAGUGAACCAGGUGUUAAAAAAGUAAUCAAAAAAAAAGUAAUAUGGGCUGAUGAAAAAAAUCAAACACUUGUACAAACAUCAUUUUUUGAAGUCGAUGAUUCCGAACUAUCUGAUAUGCAUAUAUUUGCGCGUACAUGUGCAGCUAAUAUAUCCAUAGCACAACUUGAAAAAGUUAUGGAACGUGAUUUACGUAAACGACGUGGUAUACAAGAUAUAAAUUCAAUUGAUAAUGAUGAUAAACAAAUUUUAGUACCAUUACCAUCAUUAAUAAAAAUUAUAUUACCUGAUACAAUACAAAUUCCGCAAAUUGUUUCACAAGAACGUCUUGUACAAGAAGAACGUGAAAAAACUGUUUUACAAGCACUUUUUAUACGUUCAUUUUUACCUGAUAGUCCAGGUGAACCUGAUGGGGAUCUUAUUGGACAUAAUCAUAUUGAAAGAAGUGAACCAAAAUUACUUUUUAUAAUUGAUACUUCAUCAUCUUUAUCGAGUACAGUAAUACCAGUAAACAGCAAUAAUAUAACAACGACAAAUAUACCUUUAGUUUCAAUAAAUAAUCCAAUAACAACAACAACAAUAACACCAACAUCAAUAUCAAUAACAAACAGCACAGUUACACCGAGUCUUUCAUCAUUUUCAUUUGGAGAUGUAUCACCUGAAGUUGCUCAAAUUCUUGCACAAGCUAAAGGAAAUUUAACAUCAGCUACUGCAAAUAUUCAAUCAACAACAGUACCAUCAAAUUCAUUAAUUAAUUUAUCUACAACUAUAACAACAGCUACAUCAACAAUAACAAAUCCAACGGUUACAUCAACACCUAAUCUUCCGCCACCGCCGAGUUUACUUACAGCAAUACUUAAUGCUACACGAACUGUUAAUAAUGACACAGCUAAUGUUGCACCGCCAAACUCAAUAGCUAAUCUUUUGCCAAAUCUUUCAUUAAAUUUUAAUUUACCUCCACCUCCAACAUCCUUUCCAUUGGGUCAACUAAUAGCAAAUGCUUUAACACUUGGUAUACCACCACCACCAACUGCCAAUGCUUCUAUGUUUCAAACAUCACCGGCUACGUUUACAACACCACCACCAAAUUUAUCUAAUACAAUAGUUAAUUCAGUUUCAUCAUCGUCAAUGAAUUCAAAACCACCAUCUGUUCGUUUUGUUUCUGCUAUUGGCCAACAAAUACGACCGAAUCUAACAAACAAUAAUAAUAAUAAUAUUAUUAAUAAUAAUAAUAAUAAUAAUGAACAUCAAAUUUCAUCUUCUCGUGAGAACAGUAGAGAACAUAAUUUUCGACGAGGUCCACCAAAUAAUAAUCGUCGAGAUUAUUAUCAAAAUCGAAAUAAUAAUAAUAAUAAUAAUAAUAAUAAUAAUAAUAAUAAUAACAAUCGAAACAUAUUCUCUUAG